AUGAAAUUGUUAUUGAACCUUUCUCUUGUCGGACUGGCAUUGGGCAGUCCCGACUCCAGUCGCGACUGUCGUUGCAGACCUCAUCAGAGCUGUUGGCCUGCUGACCAGGAAUGGGCUGCCCUCAACAGCUCCGUCCAGGGAAAUCUGCAGCCAGUACAACCUGUCGCCGCCCCCUGCCACAAAGGAAACAAAGAAGCCUGCACGGCCAUCACCGAACAAUGGACCAAUUCAACCUGGCGAGCGAGCCAGCCAGGAGCAGUGCAAUGGGAAAACUGGGAGGCAUGGCCCGAGCGCAACGAGAGCUGCCUUCUUGAGACUCCCCAGACGGCCUGUGGCCAGGGAAGGAUUUCCCUGUACUCUAUCCUGGCUAAGUCGGCAUCCCAUAUCCAGGAAGGAGUUCGGUUCGCAAAGAGACAUAAUCUUCGUCUGGCAAUUCGAAACUCUGGCCAUGACUUUGUCGGUCGCUCGACGGCUCCGGAUUCCUUACAGAUCUUCACAUACUGGAUGAAGGAUAUUCGAUUUAGCGACGAGUUCAAGCCUGCUGGAGCUCCCAAAAGCGAGGGCUCUGCUGUCACCAUUGCCGCGGGUGUCAAUCUCAUGGAACUGUACGCUGCCGUGGGAAAGGAGGGUAGAGCUGUUGUUGCUGGAACUUCGCAUACCGUUGGUGCAGCAGGAGGGUAUAUCCAGGGGGGCGGUCAUUCUUUGCUGGGGCCCUGGAAGGGCAUGUCGACUGAUAACGUGCUGGAGUAUAGGGUUGUGACCGCCAGUGGAAAUCUUGUCACUGCAAACAGUUACCAUAACUCUGACCUUUUCUGGGCCCUCAGAGGCGGAGGUGGAGGAACCUUUGGUGUUGUUGUGAGCGUCACCCUGCGCACAUUCGACGAUGCUCCAACUACGAUGGUCAAUCUCAACAUCAGCACUGUCGCCAGACACCCUGGUUUCUGGGAGGCCAUGACUGACUUCCACGCCGCGAUUCCAUCCCUGAAUGACGCUGGCGCUGGUGGAUACUAUUUUAUCAUCCCCGAUAUGCCGUUCAACAGGACGCUUGUCUCAACGCUGUCGAUACUCCUGUUCUUCCCAAAUCAGACCGACAUUGCAAAGACAGAUAGGCUCUUUGCGCCCUUGCGAUCAAAAUUGAAUGCAACAGCGGGCGUAAUGGCUCAAUACACCUCUACACUCUUCCCCAGCACCCGUCAAGUGUUCUCAGGGCUGUUCAUUAGAGGCACGGACUCAACCGGCAAGACGGUGAUCCUAGGCUCAAGGCUAUUCUCGCGUGAUUUACUUGUCUCCCCUGACGGCCCGGAGCACCUUGUCAACGCCUGGAAGAAGCUCGAAUUCAACCCUGGAGACACAAUUACUGGCCAUAUCGUUGCCGGUGGUGCUGUCGCGAAGAACUCAGAGACUGUUGAUAGUGCUCUAAACCCUGCCUGGAGAAAGGCCGUCACCCAUAUGGAUUUCGCUCGCUCCUGGGCGCCAAAUGCGACCCUCGCUCAGCAGCAAGCAGUUAUCCGCAACCUGACUGAGGUUGACAUGCCCAUUCUUAAAGCCGUUGAGGGCUGCAAGAUGGGGUCAUACAUGAAUGAGGCGAAUGCGUACGAACCAGACUUCCAGAAGGAAUUCUGGGGCAGCAAUUAUCUCCGUCUGUAUGAGAUCAAGCAGAAGUGGGACCCCAAUGGACUUUUCAUUGCUCGGAAGGGCGUGGGCAGUGAAGAUUGGGAUGAUGCUGGGCUCUGCCGCAUUAACAGGAAGUAG